CCGGGGCGGAGCCGGCUCCGUCCGCCCGCCCUUCCCGGAUCCCGACAUGGCGGAGUAUUCCUGCGUCAAAUCCACCAAGCUCGUCCUCAAAGGCUCGAAAGAGAAGAGCAAGAAAAAGCACAAGGAAAAGAAAAGGAAAAGGGAAGAGGAUGCGGCAGAGCAGCUCGAUAUUGUUGGAAACUGGUGGGCUGUCAGUAAUUUUGGUGAAAUUACAGGAACUAUAGCUAUAGAAAUGGAUAAAGGAGCUUACAUCCAUGCCCUUGACAACGGCUUGUUUACACUUGGAGCACCACAUAAAGGUGAUGAAGGCCCUAGUCCUCCUGAGCAGUUUACAGCAGUUAAGUUAUCUGAUACAAGGAUUGCUCUCAAGUCUGGUUAUGGCAAAUACCUUGGUAUAAACUCAGAUGGGCUCGUUGUUGGACGUUCCGAUGCAAUAGGAUCAAGAGAACAGUGGGAACCUGUCUUCCAAGAUAGGAAAAUGGCAUUACUAGCAGCAAACAGCCGUUUUAUCAGGUGUAAUGAGGAGGGGGACAUCGAAGCCAAAAGCAAAACUGCAGGGGAAGAAGAAAUGAUAAAGAUUCGUACUUGUGCUGAAAGAGAAGCUAAGAAGAAAGAUGACGUUCCACAGGAAGACAAAGGAAAUGUUAAACAGUGUGAAAUCAAUUAUGUGAAGAAAUUCCAAAGUUUUCAAGACAAAAAGCUUAAAAUAAGCAAAGAAGAUACAAAAGCCCUUAGAAAAGCCAGAAAAGAAGGCACUUUUCAUGAAAUGCUACUUGACAGGAGAGCUAAAGUGAAAGCAGAUAGAUACUGCAAGUGACAUCCAGCUGGCCCAUUUUCUUCUGCAACUUUGAUGGCAGCAUCAAAUUGAAAAAGAGUAAAAUAUUUUAUAGGUGUUUUUUAUUUAAAGCAUUUUUUAAGUAUCUUGAGGAAUUGUAUUAAAAUUUUCUCAAAUAUUAAUAAUCCA